AUGGAAGAUAGCGAAUACGAGUUAAGGGGCAUUUUGAGCGGACAUAAAAAAGGAGUAAGGUGCUUAUGUGUUAUACACAAAAAUCUGUUUGACGAAUUAAAAGGUUGUGAAUUAAAAUUCGACUAUAUAGUUAGCGCGGAUUGUAAUGGUACAAUUCUGGUGUGGAAAAGAGGAGAAAGGAAAGUGUUAAAGGAUGAAGAAAAAUGUAGUAAAGAGGGAGACUCCGUUUCGCUCCUAUAUAAUGAUGAUUACGAAUUAUAUAAAAAAAUAGAAAUUCAUGAAAAAUUUGUUUACGCCUUGUGCAAUAGUAAAUAUGUAGGUAUAAACGAAUUAAAAAAUUGUAAAGAAAAAGUGGAAGAGCACUUAUAUGUUUACAGUGGAGGAAACGAUCGAAAUAUUUACCUUUUUAAUUUAAAUGGCUUUAUAGAAUUGGUAUUGCAAGGGCAUAAAAACAGUAUAUGUAGUAUAAUAGAACAAAGUGAACAUAUUCUGUUAAGCGGUGAUUGGAAUGGAGAAGUUUUUAUUUGGAGGAUUCAGAAAAAUGAAAAUGAAAAGGGAACAGAAAAUUCUGCUAAUAAUAGUACUAUUAUCAGCAACAGUAUUGAUAACAUUGGGAAUGCAAAAAACACUUUUAGUGGAAACAAAUACACCUAUAGCAUAUUAAAAAUAUUAAAAAAUCAUAAACAUGCUGCAUACGUAAAUUGCUUUAACGAUUUAAUACUGACAAUAUCACAAAAUAAUAUUUUACAUAUUUGGAACACAGAAGGGGAAAAAGCGGAUGAAAUUAAAAAUGUUCACAAUGAUAGUGUUCGGGAUAUAAUACUAUUUAAUGAAAAUAAGAAUGCUAUUACAUUUUCAAAUGAUGAAAAUAUUCAUAUAUAUGACUCUAAUUUUAAUUUACUAAAAAUUUAUAAAGGACAUCAAGGGUUUAUCUUUUACGUAUGUGUAAAUGAAAAAGAAAAAAUUAUGUACAGUUGUAGUGAUGACAAAACUGUAAAGAUAUGGUGUAUUAAAGAUAUUUUUGAAUUAAUGGAAAAAUAUGAUAUAAGAAAUUUAAAGAAUCAACAUCUAAUGAAUAAUGAAAAUUUUAGUUGUUUACAAACCAUUAAUUUAACAGAUACCAUGUGGAGCGUUAAAAUGUUAGGAAAUAAUGAUAUUGUUUGUGCGUGUAAUGAUAGUUAUAUUAGAAUAUAUACUAACAAAAAAGAGCACAAAUUACGCAAGCAAAUAAUUGAUGAAAUUGAAAAAAGUAUUAGUAGUAAAAAUAAUAAUAAAAAUAGCUUAAAUGAUGAAAAUGUAAAUUCCAUAGAGAAUAUGGGAAAUGUCAUAGGAAAAGAAGGAGAAAUUAAAAUUUUCAAAAAUAAAGAUAAAUAUGAAGCAUAUAAAUAUGAAAAAAAUGCUUGGAUGCUCAUUGGUGAUGUUGUAGAUGAUGCUAAGUCCGAUAAAAAAUUUUAUAUUGGGGAUCAUUUAUUCAAACAAGGGUAUUAUGAUGAACUGUUUUCCAUUGAUACAGGUUAUGGAACUAUAAAACAAUUACCUUAUAAUAGAAAUGAUAAUAUUCACGUAAUUGCCGAAAAAUUUUGCAAAAGAGAAUGUAUAUCUAUAAGUCAUAUAAAAUCUAUUGUUGAUUUUAUUAAUCAGAAUUGUCUAGUUAAAAGUGAUAAAGAUCAUACUGCUAUGGAAAAUGGAAAUUAUAAUAAUAACAACAGUAAUAAUAAUAAUAUUAAUAAUAAAAAAAAAAAAUUUAACACUAUUUUAAACGUUUUUACAGUACAAAAAGCUUCAUUAGAUAAAAUCUUCGAAAAAAUUAAAGAAUUUAAUUUAUUUCUCAAAAGUGAGGAAGAGGAGAAAUAUAAAUUAACUGAUGAAGAAAUGAAUUCUUUGUCUAAUAUUAUAAAUACUUACAAAACCAAUUUGAAAAAUUCGUAUAAAUUUAAUACAGCUGAUAUAAAUCUUAUUAUAAAACUUUUUAAUUGGUCUCCUUUUCAUAUAUUUCCAGUGAUAGAUUUAUUAAGAGUAUUAGUAUUAAAUAAAAACUCAGAUUUUUUAUAUAAUAAUAAAUACACAAUAAAUGCUUUUAAGUUAGUAUAUGACUGUAUAUCUUAUUAUAUGAACAACUCAGCAAGUUUAAAAGAAAAUGAGGAGAACAAGUUAAAUUCCUUGCUAUUAUGUUGUCUUCGUUUUUAUCUAAAUAUGUUUAGUUUAUCAACACCAAGAUAUUAUAUGUUUAAAAAGUGUAAUUUUAUUGUGAAACAAUUUUCCGAAAUGAAAUCCAAUAAUUUAAAUAUUAAUAUAUUAUAUAUAAAAGUAUUUUUUAAUUAUGUUAUCACAUUAAAUGAAAAUAAUGAUAAUGAAUUAAGAAAAACACUAUUUGAAGUUAUUCAUUCUAUUGGUAAUAAAAUACAUGAUAUAGAAUUCUUAUACACAUAUUCAUUGUGUUUUCAUACGUCUUUUGAUACGUAUACAAAACAGACCCAAGAAAUUAUAAAAAAAUAUGAUACAACUAACUUUAUUAAAAACAAAUUAAAUUCAUUACUCUCUCAAAAAAAUGAGCAAAAUGAAAAGUUUUUCAAAAAUACUGGUUUAAUUUUGGAAGACAUAUCCCACUGA